AUGAAUUCUCGCUGUCAGAUAGACCUUAUAGAUAUGCAAGCACAAUCGGAUGGCGAGUAUAAAUUUAUAUUGGUUUAUCAAGAUCACCUCACAAAAUAUGUAUUACUUCGACCAUUAAAAUACAAACGCGCUGAAGAAGUUGCUUACGUUGUAACUGAAAUAUGUGCAAUGUGGCCAGAACUUAAAAUAAUUCAUGGUAAACCUCGCCAUUCACAGAGCCAAGGUUCAGUCGAACGAGCUAACCAGGACAUUGAAAAUAUCCUUGCUACUUGGUUAAAAGAUAACCAUACUAAGAAAUGGACUCUACCUUUAACAAUAAAAUCUAUUCGUGACAAUAGAACUUGA